GCGGCGGAAGGCGGCCGGGCGGUGAGCCAAUGGGAGCGCGUUGAGGGCGGGGCCUCGGCGGCGGCGGCGGUAAGGGGGUGAAAUUUCUCGAAGGUUUGGCGGGGCCGGGGGCGGCAGCGGCGGGUCCUGAGAGCAGCCAUGAACCACAAGAGCAAGAAACGGAUCCGGGAGGCGAAACGAAGCGCCCGGCCGGAGCUGAAGGACUCGUUGGAUUGGACACGGCACAACUACUGCGAGACAUUCCCGCUCAGCCCCGCUGCGUGCAAGGAUAAUGUGGAGCGGGCAGAUGCACUCCAGCUCACAGUGGAGGAGUUUGUGGAGCGUUAUGAGAAGCCGUACAAGCCCGUGGUCCUGCUGAACGCCCAGGUGGGCUGGUCUGCACAGGAGAAAUGGACUCUGGAGCGGCUGAAACGCAAGUACAGGAACCAGAAGUUUAAAUGCGGGGAGGACAAUGAUGGUUACUCUGUGAAGAUGAAGAUGAAAUACUACAUUGAGUACAUGGAAACCACGCGCGACGACAGCCCGCUGUACAUAUUUGACAGCAGUUAUGGAGAGCAUCCCAAGCGCAGGAAACUCCUGGAGGACUAUAAAGUACCCAAGUUCUUCACUGAUGAUCUAUUUCAGUAUGCGGGGGAGAAACGAAGGCCGCCUUACAGAUGGUUUGUGAUGGGCCCACCUCGUUCUGGGACAGGAAUUCACAUCGACCCAUUGGGAACCAGCGCGUGGAACGCCUUAGUGCAGGGACACAAGCGUUGGUGCCUCUUCCCCACCAGCACUCCCAGAGAGCUGAUCAAAGUGACACGGGAGGAGGGGGGCAACCAGCAGGAUGAGGCCAUCACGUGGUUCAAUGUCAUAUACCCGAGGACGCAGCUUCCCACGUGGCCCCCUGAAUUCAAACCCUUGGAAAUCUUGCAGAAGCCAGGAGAGACUGUUUUUGUACCAGGUGGUUGGUGGCACGUAGUUCUCAACCUGGACACAACGAUUGCCAUCACACAGAACUUUGCCAGCUGUACCAACUUCCCUGUGGUGUGGCACAAGACAGUGAGAGGGAGACCCAAACUGUCACGGAAGUGGUACAGGAUCUUAAAGCAGGAGCAUCCUGACUUGGCAGCGCUGGCUGAUUCGGUUGACCUACAGGAAUCUACUGGUAUUGCUUCUGAUAGCUCUAGUGAUUCCUCCAGCUCCUCGAGUUCCAGCUCCUCCGACUCUGAUUCAGAGUGUGACUCUGGCUCUGAGACAGAGGGGAUGAUGCACCGGAGGAAAAAGAGGAGAACUUGCAGCAUGAUGGGUAACGGUGACACGACUUCCCAAGACGACUGCGUGAGCAAAGAGCGCAGCUCCUCCAGGAUUAGGGAAUCUUGUGGAGGCCGCAGUUACCCCUGAGAUAACAACACCCGCCCAGAGGCAGCUGCCCAUCGGAGCUCCGUUAGCAGCCAGCUCUGUCCUUCCCCCUUCUGCUCCUGCUCCUCACAAUCCAUUUCUUGUCACUUUUCUUCAGUCCACACUUCAGUCUUCAUUACGUGCUGUUGAAGGUUGGCUCCUUACUUAACUGAAAGGGGAACGCCCCAACUUCAUUCUUGUGCAAUGCUUUGUCCCCUCUGCGCCCCGAGUGAGUGCACUAAAAACCCCUGUGUGGGUACGGACAUGCCAAGUAUUUAAUGGUUGGUGUAACUGGAGAGGAAGACAACGGUCAGUUUUUUAAAGGAACUUUUUAAAUCCGGCAGGUAAACCUGGAAACCUGCCUUGCUUUGACACUGUCAUAUGUUUACAUGUUGUCCUGUACACUUGAGGAAAGGAACACCAGCCCUUUGGCCCAGCGGGAUGGCGGCGGAUCUCACACCAGUUUCAGGCAGUGGAGGUGGGAUGGAUCCUCCAAGCACUGAAGCGACUUCAGGGGGAGGUGAGCACCCACCUGAAGCAUCUUUUGUGCUCUUAAUCUACACAUACACGUCUGAAGUGCGUCCUAUUAACCAGCCAUGAUCCAUUUACCCUCGUUCUGCACAGUGACAGAGAUGCACUGGCACCUUGUCAUAGGAACCUCGAUGGAGCCGGAGAGUCCUGGAGUUUCUUGCACAGCUAAAAAACAUGGGGGGUAAAGUCAGCAUUUGCCAGUAAUGACACUCCUUUAGGUCUAGGUGUGAUGUUCAGCACCGGGCAUCAACUAAGUCUGACUCUUCUAUAGCAACAACAGUUGCUGGGCUUUAAAUACCGAGCAGUUCUGGGGCUGUGGACUUGUUUGGGCCGGUGUGGUUCACGUGUGUAAAUGGCUUUUCUUUGAGGCUACAGCUUCAGAAAUGUAUAGAACAUACAGUGCCAAUUUUAAAGGACUGGGAGGGGGGGCAUAUUGUUGUUUGAUGCUUUAUAAAAAUGAAAUGUGAUGUUUUAAGUCCGUGUAGGUGCGUUUGUAUCAUGGAAGGUAAAGCUCAUCCCCAAGGGAUCUGUUGGAUCUGCUGUUCCUUGCACAGGGGCUUGUGCUGGUAGGGUCAGCAAAGAGCUCUGUCUUAUUGGAGGUGUACAAGGAAGAGAUCCUUCUUUUCUACCUGCACAGUGCAGCCAGGAGCUGGAUGUGUUGGAUGCUUCCUUCAGUGCUGUCCUGAGGCCCAGGAGCUGAUGUUACAUCUCACAUCAGCCAUAUUUAGAGAGGGAGGUUGAAAGCAGAAGUGAUGUGUGUGUACUAAGCCUGCAGUGAUGCCCAGAGCUGGUAGCUGAAUUCCAAAGCAGAUUGGCAGCCUUAACUGUUGUAUCUGCUGGGUUUGAUGGAAGCUGGAACAUUGGAUUUUAGUUGCUUUAACCCUCUUUCCUAUGGAAGCACACUCUGUGUUGCAGGUUGGGCUGUGUCCUGUUGUAUGUGAGAACCCAAACUGCAUUAGGCAGGAGCUCAGCUUCUGAAACUGUGCAUGUUCAUGUAGGAGCAAUGGAUGUGUUGGUGUGAAGGAGGGACAGAAGGUUUAUUGGUGUGUUCCUCAGCUGUCCAGAGCCCUGAAUUUCCUAUAGCAGCCAGACAUAAGUGCACGUGGACAUGGCUGCUCUGUAGGGCACUGCAGAUUAUUCCAUAUUACUUCACUUGGAAGCAGACUUCCCCUAUUGGUAGCAUUUCAGCCCAGGGUUGCACAUGGUUUUCAAUGGUGCUCCACCUGGAAUUGCUGCAUGGUGGUACAUAAACUGAGGCAGAAUGAGGCUUUUUAUCCAGCUGGAAUGUAACGUUUGGCAUUUUGUCACUUGCUUUAAGCAGGAGGUUCCACUGUUUUGUUACAUCAGGGUUUAGAAAUGAUAAUAAUUGGACUGGAUAAGUUAACUCUGAUCAGGGCGUUGGCCUUACAGGGAGAAGGGGAUGUUCCCCAGACCCCUUCCAUACCACAGCAUAGCAUUAGAAGCUGCUCCUUGUGCCUGUAUCCAUCCAUGUGUGAGGCUGGCAGGGGAGCACGUGUGUGCUCUUGCUUCUCCACACUUGGUCUCCUUGCAGCAUUGAGUCCCUCCUAACCCCUCCUGCUUCUGCACACACUGUACAGCCAUGGAUGUAGCGGACCCAGCCAGCCCCUCGUUUCCCUGAGCCCCACAGCAGUUCUGCUCCACUCAACCCAAAUUUAAACUGCUGGGCUCAAAUUGGGGCUGCUGGGAGCUGUGUGCUGCUUUGGGCUGGGCUUCCUGCUGUUGUGCCUGCCCUGCCAAAGUGGAGGGAGCUGUGAGCUCUGUUCUGAUGGUCCAAGAGUAAGUUAAUGCCCCCGGCACACAGAGCUCAGCUCAGCUGCUGCACUUUGGGGACGGGUGAUGCUGAGGAGGUGCUGGCACACAAACCUCCCUCCCCUUUCCAGCUCGGAUGGGCUGGUUCUGCAUUGUCUUCUCACUUAUUUGCAAGGAAGGCAGCAACCUUCUAUUACAAACCCGGAGCCUUUUCCUCCUCCAGUCCCCAGCCAUCGUGGGGUGGAGAGCGAGGCUGCUGCCUGUGUGUGUUAAUUUAAUAGAGAAAUGCUGUAAUAGGAAGGUUCAGGUGUUCCCUCUGCAAAGGGGGGAAGGAAGAAGCAGCCUGACCCCCAGCCCUGCCGCUGCCAUCAGCUGCUUUCACAGCCCCGUCCAGCAGAGCUGGGAUAGUCUUAAACCGUCUCGUUUUGGAUGAUUGUGGUUUUGCUUUUUAUUUGGAAAUAAAACCGAUUAUUUUGCA